UAGGUAGUUCACUUUGGUGGGUUGAAGCUGAGCAAAACAUCAGCUCGCGAUUGUACUAUUACCUUUGUGCUUUUUUGUCCAUUUUUUUGUAUCUAGCCUCGUUCUUCUUCAGCCAAACUCAGGAACUCAGUUACUGUGGAUUUUUGUUUCUUUUAUUGAAUCACUCACGCUUGUAGUUUUGCAGUGAGAAGGUAGAAUUAAAAGUCACUUUCUCAGGUGAUGGUAUUACAGGAAUGCAAUGCUAAAGAUUUGUUAUUUGGCGGAUCCGAAUUGUCCCUGUGCAGCUUUUGGUGAUUGUUAACAGGCUAUGCAAUGGGUAUGGUCUUGCUUUACGAAGAUGAAACUCCGACCAGGUAAUCUCUGUCCUUUCAAUUCUUUUUUGAUAUCUAUCUGCCAACCUCUACGGAAAAAGCAGCGCUCUUGGAAUCUCUGCAGCUGGAAUCGUUACUGUUGAGAUAAUGGACACAGACUACAGUUUGCCGCGGCUCUUUUAAAUGGUGAAGGCAUCCUGUUAAGAAAAGACAAGCGUUUUUAUUUGGAGCUAAUGGAAGCUUUGAAGGAAGGGAGAUCAGAGGUUUUUGCGGUGCCCGUCAAGCAAAAAAACGAUGGAGGUUGCCAUGAUUCUUGGCGUUGCGGUGGUGGCAGUCACUGCCUUGUUGACAUUCUCGAGUUUUUUCAACAAAUGGUACUAUGAGCCGGUGCUCAAGCCGGGACAGCCUCCACUUCCACCAGGUUCGCUUGGAUGGCCCGUCUUUGGCAACAUGGCUGCUUUCCUCAGAGCCUUCAAGUCUGGAAGACCGGACACUUUCAUGGCUCACUACGUUGCCAAGUUGGGUACUGUCGCAGUUUUCUCUCGCUUGUCUAACCGUCGCUUCUUCUUGGUUUCCAGGUACAAUCGAGUGGGUUUUUACAAGGCGUUUCUGUUCUGGCAGCCCACCGUCCUUGCUGCCACACCAGAGGCAUGCAAAUUCGUGCUCUCCAAAGACAGCUUUGAGACAGGAUGGCCGGAGAGCGCUGUUGAGCUCAUGGGACGAAAUUCGUUUGCGGGAUUAACUGGUGAGAGCCACUUCAAGCUCCGGAAGCUUACCGAGCCCGCUGUGAACAGUCCCAAAGCUCUAGAGCAGUAUGUGCCUCUCAUCGUCAACAACAUAAAAGCGUGCCUUGCGAGGUGGUCUGCGCAGGAUAAGAUCGUUCUUCUUACCGAGAUGAGAAGGUUCACGUUUCUAACUGUCCUCCACAUUUUAUAUGGGAAAGACUCCAGUCUCGACGUGGAUGAGACUUUCUCCUUGUACUACAUUGUCAACCAAGGCAUUCGUGCUCUUCCCAUCAACUUCCCUGGGACUGCCUACAACAAAGCCUUGAAGGCGAGGCGAAAGCUCAUCAAGCUUAUCCAGGACGUGAUCAACCAGCGAAGAGCUUCUGGAAAGCCACAGGAAACAAACAUUCUUUCGUUGCUCAUGGAUCAGCUAGAUGACAAAGGAGAGGCUCUGGAAGACGCUCAAAUCAUAGACGUGCUCAACAUGUACAUGAACGCUGGUCACGACUCGACGGCUCAUGUCAUCAUGUGGCUGAUGAUUUUCCUGAAGCGAAAUCCUGAUGUGCUCGAGAAAGUGAAGACCGAGCAAGAUGGCAUCGCUAAAUGCAUUUCAGAAGGGGAAAUGCUCAACCUUUCAGACAUCAAAAGAAUGCGCUACCUUUCUAGUGUUGUCGACGAAACACUGCGACUUGCAAAUAUAUCUCCAAUGGUCUUCAGAAGAGCCUUGGUAGAUGUCGAGUUUAAUGGCUUUACCAUUCCCAAAGGGUGGCAUGCGGAAGCGUGGCUAAGACAAGUACACAUGGAUCCACACGUCCACCCCGACCCAGAAAAGUUCGAUCCAGAGCGCUGGGAGAAAUAUGGAGCAUCUCCAUUCACGUUCAUGCCCUUUGGGAUGGGAAAUCGAACUUGUCCUGGUAACGAGCUUGCCAAGCUUCAAAUCUUCAUUGUCGUCCAUUACUUCGUUACUGGCUACAGGUGGACUGCCUUGAAUCCCAACAGCAAAGUUUCUUACUUGCCACAUCCAAGGCCACGAGACUUCUAUUCGGUAAGAGUUUCAAAACUCCUGUAAUUAUAAAAGAUCAUACAAAACACUUUUGAAUUGUUGAACGAUUAUUCCAAAUCAAUUAUGUUAAUUGAUUUUUAUUUAAGUAA